AAUAUCUCUAUACUAUGUUAAAGCUAUCACUGACAUGAGAGGCUGGUAUGUUUCCGCGGGACUACGUACCAUCUCGGAAGACGAUCUCACAAAUAUUGACAAAACUCUACAUUAAAGGUUCUAAUUCAAGUGUUCUUCUGUAAAGAAGGUAAAAAUGAAUCGUUGGGCUGUUUUCACAUGUGCCGCCAUACUUUCUGUAUGUUUACUUGGAGCGGUCGUCGGGAUUCUGUAUGGUCUGAAACCAUUUUUAGAAAGCAAACCAAGCCACAACAUAUUCAAUGAUCCAUUCACUGCAUCUUUUGACGUUGAUACAAUUGAACGGGAAGAGCUAGGUACUGAAAAGACUUACCUGAAAGUAGAGUGGCAUCCGGCAUCCAGAAAAAUGAAUUUUCAACACACUGAAGUGUUCUCGUCGAACUAUGAUUUUGAUUAUGACCUUUCUCUUAUUAUGGCUGAUAGUAAAGCAACUGUAGGUAUUUCUCACAAGAAUAUGUCACUAGGGUUUUGUAUAGAUGACAUGUCCCUAUCGCGUUGGUACGUCGUUUUCCAACAAAUGGUAUCAGAAGACAAAUGGUUCAGAGGCGAUCUGUCGACAGAUUGUCAUGGAGAUAUUUGGUCUACGAAACACAAGAAUGACGUCAUUGAAAUCUGCGUGAAAGACAAUCAGUUAAAGUAUAUUAAGUAUCAAGAGCGGCGCGCAACGAUUAACAGUUGGACAAAAGCCAAUAAGCAGAUCAUUCGUAUCAAAGCUGAUGUAUUAAAUGGUCCUUGCCGUAAUGUCACACCAAUAACCUGUAAUGUGGAGAACCAUCCGAAAGUCAAAAGAGAUUCAAAGACAUCACCAACCAAGUGUUUGUUUGUGCAUGGAGCUGGUAAUUUUGUUGAUAGGAACGAUGUUAAAUCAUAUAUGGAAGACUAUUGGGGUGACAUAAAAAAACACACAUUAGAUUGUGCCUCACAUCAGUUUUUGGUUUAUAACAGCAGGGAUAAUGGAUGGGAUGAAGACCAAAUACACCAGCACUUUUGUAAUGUUGCUGCCACGAAUGGAAUUAUUAGUAACACGGUGUUAUUUUCACAUUCAAUGGGCAACAUGGUAAUUGCAGCUGCACUGCACCGUAAAAAGUGUGCCUUUAAUCAGUCCACGAGUCGAUGGUUCUCUGUUCAAGGUCCAUGGAAAGGAAGUGCUGCAGCCAAUACACUGGUAGAUAUUUGUAGAAAUCCAACAAGUUCACAGAAGUUGAUUCGCCGCUUAUUGCGGAAUCAAGGGUACUGUAAACCUACUGAAGACAUUGAAUACAAUGUUUAUACGACACUAAAAACCAAUUAUGUAUCUGAUACCGGGAUACGACAUGAUGAUCUGAUAAACAUCGGCAGGAGAUACGUAUCAGGUGUAAUGUGUGGCACUAGCAGUUGGGGACUAGGACAGGAUAAACAGGAGAGCACUGCCCUUAAGAUGAUGCAGUAUUACAGCGAACUGGGGAAACCUAAUGAUGGAAUGGUGGCAUUUGAUAGCUGCAAAUUAAAGGAUGAAGUGUUCGAAGCAAGAAGCUCUAAUCCAUAUUACAAAGACAAAGUCAACCAUGCAGAUGGCACUUGUAGACAUGGCGGGUGUCCCUGUCGGUGGUAUCAUAAUAUGCAUUGAAUUUGUGAACUUGUAUCCUUGUGCAGUAUACCAAGACUUACAUAGUGAGUGUGUUCGAAGACAUGAAGACGCUUACGUUCCUUUUGGAAUACCCGAUCAUAUUCCUCUUGUACAUUUCCAAUGGUCUUCGUAUCAACAGUUGUCUUGUUCAGGUUUUGCAUUCGUGAUUUGAUUACGGUUUGGUUAACUUGGCGUUAUUUGCUGUUUGUUAUUACGAUACCAAAGUUUUAAUGUAGAUAACAGGAUUGAUCUCUUAGAUACGAAACGAAAUGUUUGAUUUGAUAACACGUUGUAUGAAAUUUUGGUAAAUAAUGAAAAGAAAUUGAGAACUUAUACAAAUACCAUGAAGCAAUGCGAAAGUGAGAUAUUUAUGAAAAUUCCGCACUUCUAUGCAAAAUGUGCAUCCUUGUGUCUGCUGCCUUAACAAAGUCGCCAUGAAUCUGCUAAUAUAUUAAUCUAACAGUGAUAAUAACAGCUAUAGGAAAAUGCGCAAAAGUUGAUAAGACGAAUAUUAGAUAACUCUUUACGAUACUUUUGAAUAACGUGUUGUUUAUGCUAUACCAUAAAUUAGCGCUAUGAGUUAAAUGGGUAUACAGCUAAUUAAUAAUGCCAUGUAAGAAUGGUAAACGCCUUACUUUUUCAAAGUGUACAAACAAAUUUGUGAUUUUUGGUGAUAAAUAAAUUUUGUUGAAUAUA